CCCACCUAUCCCCGCCUCGCACAUAAACACGCGCCGCGGCCGUGAGCUUCACAUGCGUCCCUCCUCGCGCCAGCGAGUGGCCGCCUGGCUGCUCGCGCUGCCGCUCGGAGGAAGAGGAGGAGAGGACUGCGCGCGCCGCGGCCGCCUGGAGAUGAUUUCUUUCUGGCUGCUGUGCUGGAAGCUGCUGAGAGCUACAGCUGGGUUUCGGAGGACGAUACCUGAACUUACAGACGGAAACCACGACAACCGUCCCUCUGGUGUCAACAGUCUCAGUGACUCUCCUCCUCCUCAACACCCACAGAAUCCAGUUGCCAUGGAGAUUGGUCCCUCACACACAGAAACACACCUGGAGGAAGAGAACCUGUUUAGCUGUGACAGCCAGGAGACGCAGGAAGUCCCAGAGCUUCCAGGAGAGGGAGGAGCUACUGAGAACCAGGAACCAAAGGAAUGUGAAUACCUUGUUUUUGAAACUGAAGCAGAGAAGGACAGCGAGGAAGAGGUUGGUGGGAGAGGAGAGAUUGAGGGAGAAGAUGACAGAAGAGGGGAGGUGGAAGGAGAAGAAGAUGGGAGAGAAGUAGAAGGUGUUCAGCAAGGAGGAGAGGGAGGACUGGAAGAAAGAGGGAGAGAAGGUGAUGAAAAGGGCGAAUCAGAACCUGAAGAUCUGGGAAAGAGACAAAUAGAAGGAGAGGCUGAAAGCGGAGAAGGUGUGAAUGAGGUUGAUAUGUGGUUAACAGGAAUUCUGGGAGAAAUGAAGCAAGAUCAGAUUAUCAUCCAUGAUGAUCCACCCUCUGAGCCCCCAGUCCUCGCUGCAGAUCCACCAGCAUCCACACUGCAGGAGGCCUGGAGCCAGGAGGAUCUCAGCCUCCAGGCAGAACCGGCCAUGGUGUCCUCAGACAGCGAGGAGGACGAAGACCCGCCAGCCUCAGCGUCCUGCAGCAGGGCCGAGCAUUCAGAGGGAAACGCAGCUGAAGGCCCCAAGGAGGAGGAUGAGGAGGAGGGACAGGCGCUGGAGGAUGAGGAGGAGGAGGGACAGGCGCUGGAGGAUGAGGAGGAGGGGGGACAGGCGCUGGAGGAUGAGGAGGGACAGGCGCUGGAGGAUGGGGAGGAGGAGGGACAGGCGCUGGAGGAAGAGGAGAUAGAUGAGCUAAAGGAUGGAGUCAUGGAGGGCGGAGAAGAACAGAUGGAGUCCUGUACGUCAGCCGAGCCUGACAGGAGGCUUCCUUUAGAUUUCUGUGUGCAACAGGAGAACCUCAGUGAGAACGUCUCCACAGAGCAUCUGGACUUUUUGGUUGCUCGCCAGCAGUGGAAGAAGAUGGAGGAGGAGGUGAAAGGCUUGCCCAUUCCUAAACCAGGCCUGGGAGCUAAGGGGAGUUUCCAGGGUACCCACUCUUCACUGUAUCCUCCGACUCGCAGCCCUCGCCUCAGACACAGGGAACUCCACCUCCCCAUGCCCAAAGAACCUCCUCUGUCCUCCACCCUGUCCCCUGGUUCUGAGGACUCAGGCUUGGAUGACUCUUCGUUUCGCAGCCACGUGGAGGAGCAGGAAAGUGCUGUGGAGAGGGAGAUCCGGCUGACGCUGGAGCGAGAGGAGCAGCACCGUCGGGAGAGGGGGAUGAUUGUGCAGGGUCUGGCGGUACCCAGACUACCCACCCCUGGGAAAGGACGGUCUGUGCCCAAACCUACAGUCUGCCGCACUCCUACUCUCUCCAUCUCGCCAUCCCCUUCCUGCUCCUCAUCUCUCCCCCUAUAUCAUGAAAUGACAGCCAACAACGUCAUUAUUCUGGAACCUGACUCCUCUGGCUCCAGCUCCAGGAGCCGCCUGCUGUCCUCUGCCAUGGGGGGCCUCUCUGAUUGGUCGGCCAGCCUGGAUGUGGCGUCCUCUGCCAGUGUUAUAGUGGUUGAAACCUCCAAUCUGAUCAUUCGCAGCGCCUCUGAGUUCUGCCUGAGCUCUGGGCCGCCACCCAUGGAUACUCAGGAAAGCACUUUCUCCUCUAAUCCCUUCUUCAAGCUGCGCUCCAUCAGCAGCCAGUCUCUGGUGGAGCAAGAGAUCAAGAUGGUGAAGCAGAGAGAGGAGGAGUGGAGGAGACAGAGGGAGGAGAUGGGGAGGAAACAAAGGGAGGAGGAGUGGAGGAGAGGGAGAGAGAGGUAUGACACGGUGCUGGUGUCACCAAACCUCAAUGAAACCGUCACUUUCAGCGUACCAGCGUUUCCAGACAGAUCUGUCUCCUCCCCGUCGUCACCCUCCAGACCACGUAAAAUGGAACGCUCCAGUUUGUCCUGCGACCACAAGUUCCCCCUCUCCCUUUCUUCAGUGCCGCGUCGUCAGAACGCCAUGGCCCAGCGCUGGGAAGCCUCGCUCUUAGCCAAUCAGAAGAAGGAGUGAGUCAGAGGAGAUUUUUAAACCAAGAUGGAACCCCGUGCUGUUCUGUGGUCGCGGUGCCCCAGAGUCCUUCAGGAGCAAAGGUUGUCAUCAUCCAAGCGGAUGCUGGGCAGAUCCAGAAGAUGCAGCAUUUCCCCUGUUUUCCAUUAUGUCUGUUUUCCAGGAAGUGUUGCUCACCCUUUGUUAAAAGCUGAUGUGUCCAACUGCGACUUUAUUCUCUGAUUUCAUCUGAUCUGUCCUGAACUGACCCCCAGCAGAGCCAGCCCAGGGUUACAUGAAGACUCAAGCAGCUAAAUGUCCUUUAGAACAUGAAAGGAGCAAUAGAAAACAUUUCCAGGUUCCAUUCUUUGCUCGAUACCACAAAAUAGUUCACUUCUUUAAAAUAAAUUGUGUUGCAGGUUAACAUCACUUAUGCUCAUGAAUAUUAUUUAUUUAUGAAUAGAAAACAUGAACUAAAACGUGGUUUAGUUUAUUUAGAAAACCAAAACUAGUUUUUAACUAAAUCAGGUCAGAGAGAGAGAAAAAAAAACGUUCCGGUAUUUAAUUCAGACUCCGUGAUAUUUGCUCCUGGUCACCUGUGAGCAACAGUUCAUAGUAAAAUUCCUCUGGGUGGUGCAUAGCAGCUGCUAAAUGUGUGUGUGCCUUGGGCCGGCUCUGUUUCACUAUAAACUUAUAUUCUAGAUCUACUACUUCUGAAAAAUUAUGUUUUCCUUCUACUUUUAUUAUCCUGUGUUUAAGAGUAUAAACCAUGCACACCUAAUAUUUAAUUCAGUGUAUUGAACAUGAAUCUAGUUAAAACGUAAUGCAGCUAUUUUGAAUGUUAGCUUAGUGGUUACAUUUUAAGGUCAUUUCCCACCUAACAGAACCGUGGCUAUGCAAUGGUUCAGUUUGCAGAAACAGACUAGCAUAAAAUGUUUGCUCAUUUUUAAAAACUGGAAUAUGACCUGGAGCCUCUUCACUUGGUUCUGAAACAAAGACGUUCAGAUUCCAGGUUCUUUUCAGAGCUCAGUGUUUAAGAACUGCUCAGGUGUUCAGGUCAGGACCUAACAGAGCGUCCGCCUUAAUGGUGGACGCUCUCAGUGGGUUAGCGCCCCACAGAGACACGUGGAAGCAGGACGACCAUAAAGGAAAACAUUUGGACCUGAUGAUGAGAAGCUGCUGUUGAGCUGCAGACAGUCCAAACUCGGUCCAUCUGUGGCUUUGAAGAAAGGACGUUCUAGAAGAAGAAAUUCUACUGAUGAUAUGUACAGAUUUCUAUCUUUUGUUGUGUUCCUAUAAUAGAGAUUCUAUGUAUUUUUGAUGCAUAUAUAUUUAUUAACUGAACAAUGCUUAGAAAUCCUUUACAGCGGGGGUGUUAAACUGGUUCCAGAGAGGGCUGUAGCUGCAGGUUUUCCUUCCAACCAAGCACACCAGACUCCAGUCAUCUCACCAAGGGAGUCCAAUCUGAACAUGACAUGAUAUGAAUGGAGUCUGGUGAGUUAUUGUUUGGUUGGAAAGAAAACCUGCAGCCACACAGAACUUUCUGGAACCAGUUUGGCACCUGUGCUUUACAGAGUUCAAAGACUGAUUAUAACCCAACAAGCAGGUCUGGUAGGUUUUAAGGAGACCUUAAUGUGUGGUGUGUGCAUGUGUUCAUCUGCUUCCUUUAGUAUGGUGUCUGCACUGAACCUGCAAGACAAGCUUACUACUUUCUGCAACGACCUCCAGAUUGUCUGGAGAUUAAAGGUGCAAUAAGUUCUGUGGUGAAACAUAAGCUCAUCUGCUGAGGCGUGGAGAGAGAAGGUUCAAAGCAGCUAGUUAGCUUAGCAUGCAUGCUCUGACUCAGUUUCGAUGCCUGAUACGGUCCAAAACCAAAGCUACUUUAUUUAACCUCAUGGUGACUGCCGUCUGCUGUCUGAUGUUUUCAGAGUAAAGAUAUGAUCCUCGGGUUAAGCUACCCCGGUCUAAUCCUGCAGGUAAUCAAAGGCAAACAGAUUAAAAUGUUUAAUGCGUAGAGAUACAAAAGCUACAGGAACAAAAUGUAUCUUUCUUAAUAGGAUUCAGUAGCAUGCUUAGUGUGAGGGAUUGGUUCUGCUGGAGGUUUCUUCCUGUUCAAAGGGAGUUUUUCCUCUCCACUGUCGCUACAAGCAUGCUUAGUGUGAGGGAUUGCUGAAGAGU